AUGAUCUACAUUACAAACAUUACGAUAAUUAAUGCCUUUUGUCCGGCGACCGACUUUUUUUACCCGUGCGUGUGUUCAUCACAACCGGCCAAGAGAUACGAUCUGACCAUUAGUUGCAACGGUCAGCAUAUCAACGACAUGGAUGUGAUGCGAGCCUUUACACGACUCAAUACAUAUCUUAACGGUUCAAUGGUGUCCAAGACUUUUUGCAAAUUGAAUAUAUCGCAGACUUCAGUGAAAAAUCUAUAUUUUUAUGAAAUAAAAUUAUUCAAAGGAUUAAAAUUUCGCAGCAUUUCAAUAGUGGAUAAUCCCAUUGAAAACUUUGAUCCGUAUAUCUUUUGGAGUUCAUAUCGCAUGAACAGACAUUUUAUACUUAAAGGUCACAAAUCAUUAGUUAAUUAUAACCGAAGAGAUCCGUUACCAAUACUAAACCGAUUUAUACGACUGGAAGUGUUGUCUAUAACUGACACCAAUUACGAUAGGAUACCAAAGAAUGCUUUCUCGCGAACUGAACAGCCUUUCCUCAAACAAAUUAUAUUAAAUAACAAUGAGAUCACUCAUAUCGACAGCUGUUCCUUCUUCACACUUCACUCUCUGUGUUUCCUUGACUUCAGUCGUAACCGAAUCCGUAAGAUCUCAGACCUGGCGUUCGCUAUAAAACAACCGUCGAGUCAAAGAAUUGUCAUAAAUCUUCACUCAAACAACUUGUCGGACACAAGUCUUGCCAUCCGAUCAUUACAUUACAUAAAUCGACCACUUUUUCUGAUAUUAUCAGAUAAUUUAUUUACAUAUUUGGAUGAUAGCAUAUUUGCUCCGUUACUAUUGAACUCAGAAUAUGCCAAUACUAUUGUUGUCAGUUAUAACCCCCUGAUAUGUAACUGUCGUUUUCAAUGGAUUGUCCAAAACAAGCACUUACUGAGAGACAAAAUUUUAGGCCAACCUCUCUGUCAGGACGGGCGCACUAUUUGGAGCUAUACUUUAGAUGAAUUACUACCUUGCUAA